GUUAUGUUUGAAUGUAGCGAAGCUCAAAUUGACGCAUUUUUGGGCCAGAAAAAUGUUAUUGGUUUUCAAUUCUUAAAAUGUCCGAUGGCGAUUAUCGAUGUCGCAAAUGCCGAUGUCGUUUAUUUUGUAAAGAAUCAUCAAUCACAUGUCAUAAUGAAAAACUAAUUGAUGUUGAUCAUCAAAAACAACAAAACGAAUGCUAUGAUCGAUCAUCGAAUGUAAUAUUUGUAGAUGAUCGAAAAAUCAACGAACAAUGGAUUCAACAACAAAUCGAUAAUGGUGAAUGGAUAAAAGGUCGAUUAACUUGUCCAACCGAUAAUUGUAAAGCUCGUGUUGGUUGUUUCAAUUUCAUAAAUACAGAAUUCUGUCAUUGUGGUAAAUAUCAAUUACCACCCAUACAGUUUAAUCGAAGCAAAGUGGAUUUACCUUAAAAUGUUUUAUUUUUAUUAUAAUAUCAAAUAAAAUCCAUUUUA